AUGUUUAAGCAAGUAGAUGAAUCGCCUUUUGUUGAAGACUUCCAAGGCGACACAUUCAGCGAUGACGACGUCUACGACAAUUCAGAGAGUGAAUUGGCUAAUAUUACUGAUUCUAGUGAAGAGAGUGACAUUGGGGAGAAAUUCGAGGAAUGGAAUAUAUCACUCUUGGAAGAGGAGAAGCUUUAUAUAGACACUCAAUAUAAAGAACAGAAAGAAAAAGACAAAAGUCACACUAUAGUAUUGCAAACAAACACCGUCAAUAGAGGUUUAUUAACACCACUUUCUCCAGCUUCCGAAAUACAAAUACGAAACACCACAGUUGACGUGAAAAGCAACGAAUUUGUUCAAGUGAAAGAAAGAGAUGGAGAAAGCUACACACACUCUUGCUGUUUGAAAAGCAGUCGCGAGUAUGUUCAGCUCAAGAAUGCUCGCAUAUACUACCGCCCUCUAUUCAGCAUAUACUACCGCCCUCUAUUCAGCAGAUACUACCGCCCUCCAUUCAGCAGAUACUACCGCCCUCCAUUCAGCAGAUACUACCGCCCUCCAUUCAGCAGAUACUUCCGCCCUCCAUUCAGCAGAUACUACCGCCCUCCAUUCAGCAGAUACUACCGCCCUCCAUUCAGCAGAUACUACCGCCCUCCAUUCAGCAGAUACUACCGCCCUCCAUUCAGCAGAUACUACCGCCCUCCAUUCAGCAGAUACUUCUACCGCCCUCCAUUCAGCAGAUACUACUGCCCUCCAUUCAGCAGAUACUACUGCCCUCCAUUCAGCAGAUACUACCGCCCUCCAUUCAGCAGAUACUACUGCCCUCCAUUCAGCAGAUACUACUGCCCUCCAUUCAGCAGAUACUCCUACCGCUCGCCAUUCAGCAGAUACUACCGCCCUCCAUUCAGCAGAUACUACCGCCCUCCAUUCAGCAGAUACUACCGCCCUCCAUUCAGCAGAUACUCCUACCGCUCGCCAUUCAGCAGAUACUACCGCCCUCCAUUCAGCAGAUACUACCGCCCUCCAUUCAGCAGAUACUCCUACCGGUCGCCAUUCAGCAGAUACUACCGCCCUCCAUUCAGCAGAUACUACUGCCCUCCAUUCAGCAGAUACUCCUACCGCCCACAAUUCAGCACAAACUACCGCCCUCCAUUCAGCAGAUACUACCGUCAUCCAUUUAGCAGCGGGUACUACCGCCCACCAUUCAACAGAUACUACCGCCCUCCAUUUAGCAGGUACUACCGCCCUCCAUUCUGCAGGUACUUCCGCCCUUCAUUCAGCAGAUACUUCUACCGCCCUCCAUUCAGCAGAUACUACCGCCCUCCAUUCAGCAGAUACUACCGCCCUCCAUUCAGCAGAUACUACCGCCCUCCAUUCAGCAGAUACUCCUACCGCCCACAAUUCAGCAGAUACUACCGCCCUCCAUUCAGCAGAUACUACCGCCCUCCAUUCAGCAGAUACUACCGCCCUCCAUUCAGCAGAUACUACCGCCCUCCAUUCAGCAGAUACUACCGCCCUUCAUUCAGCAGAUACUCCUACCGGUCGCCAUUCAGCAGAUACUACCGCCCUUCAUUUAGCAGAUACUCCUACCGCCCACAAUUCAGCAGAUACUACCGCCCUCCAUUCAGCAGAUACUACCGCCCUCCAUUCAGCAGAUACUACCGCCCUCCAUUCAGCAGAUACUACCGCCCUCCAUUCAGCAGAUACUACCGCCCUUCAUUCAGCAGAUACUCCUACCGCCCACAAUUCAGCAGAUACUACCACCCUCCAUUCAGCAGAUACUACCGCCCUCCAUUCAGCAGAUACUCCUACCGCUCGCCAUUCAGCGGAUACUACCGCCCUCAAUUCAGCAGAUACUACCGUCCUCCAUUCAGCAGAUACUACCGCCCUCCAUUCAGCAGAUACUACCGCCCUCCAUUCAGCAGAUACUCCUACCGCUCGCCAUUCAGCAGAUACUACCGCCCUCCAUUCAUGCGGAUACUACCGCCCUCCAUUCAGCAGAUACAACCGCCCUCCACUCACAGAUACAACCGCCCACAAUUCAGCAGAUACUACCGCCCUCCAUUCAGCAGAUACUACCUACUUCCUUUCAGCAGAUACUACCGCCCACAAUUCAGCAGAUACUACCGCCCUCCACUCAGCAGAUACUACCACCUUCCUUUCAGGAGAUACAACCGCCCUCCAUUCAGCAUAUACAACCGCCCACAAAUUAGCAGAUACUACCGCCCUCCAUUCAGCAGAUACUUCCGCCCUUCAUUCAGCAGAUACUUCUACCGCCCUCCAUUCAGCAGAUACUUCAGCCCUCCAUUCAGCAGAUACUUCUACCGCCCUCCAUUCAGCAGAUACUACUGCCUUCCAUUCAGCAGAUACUACCGCCCUCCAUUCAGCAGAUACUCCUACCGGUCGCCAUUCAGCAGAUACUACCGCCCUCCAUUCAGCAGAUACUACCGCCCUCCAUUCAGCAGAUACUACCGCCCUCCAUUCAGCAGAUACUACCGCCCUCCAUUCAGCAGAUACUACCGCCCUCCAUUCAGCAUAUACUGCCGUCCUCCAUUCAGCAGAUACUACCGGUCGCCAUUCAGCAGAUACUACCGCCCACCAUUCAACAGGUACUACCGCCCUCCAUUCAGCAGAUACUUCUACCGCCCUCCAUUCAGCAGAUACUACCGCCCUCCAUUCAGCAGAUACUACCGCCCUCCAUUCAGCAGAUACUACCGCCCUCCAUUCAGCAGAUACUACUGCCCUCCAUUCAGCAGAUACUCCUACCGCCCACAAUUCAGCAUAAACUACCGCCCUCCAUUCAGCAGAUACUCCUACCGGUCGCCAUUCAGCAGAUACUACCGGUCGCCAUUCAGCAGAUACUACCGCCCUCCAUUCAGCAGAUACUACCGCCCUCCAUUCAGCAGAUACUACCGCUCGCCAUUCAGCAUAAACUACCGCCCUCCAUUCAGCAGAUACUACCGUCAUCCAUUUAGCAGGUACUACCGCCCUCCAUUCAGGAGAUACUACCGCCCUCCACUCAGCAAAUACCACCGCCUUCAGUUCAGUUCAGCAGAUACUACCGUUCUCCAUUCAGCGGGUACUACCGCCCACCAUUCAACAGGUACUACCGCCCUCCAUUCAGCAGAUACUACCGUCCUCCAUUCUGCAGGUACUUCCGCCCUCCACUCAGCAAAUACCACCGCCCUCAGUUCAGUUCAGCAGAUACUACCGUUCUCCAUUCAGCGGGUACUACCGCCCACCAUUCAACAGGUACUACCGCCCUCCAUUCAGCAGAUACUGCCGCCCUCCAUUCAGCAGAUACUUCCGCCCUCCAUUCAGCAGAUACUGCCGUCCUCCAUUCAGCAGAUACUUCCGCCCUCCAUUCAGCAGAUACCACCGCCCUCCACUCAGCAAAUACGACCGUCUUCCAUUCAGCAGAUAUUAACGGCCUCCAUUCAGCAGAUACUAACGGCCUCCAUUCAGAAGAUACUAACGGCCUCCAUUCAACAUAUAUUAAUGUCCUCCAUUUAG